AUGGACCCCAGCAAGCGGUACCAGGUGCGGCCCAGCAGCGCCAAGUACGACGCGCGGCCCGGCAUCAAGUGGUCCGACAGCCUCUGGGGUUUCCGCGUCAUCGUCGCCGUCAUUAUCGGGCUCGCUGUAGCAGGAUUCGCUUUCGUCCUGCCCGGUUUGGACAGCCCGACCCUGCAGGCGGUGCUGUACGCGGUAGUGAGUGCUGCGGUGUUCCUGGCGUUGCUCUUCCUCUUCCUCGUGCAACACAUCGACCCCGGGAUCAUCCCGCCCUCCGAGAUUAAAGACCCGGAAGUAGUAGCAGCAGAGAGGGGGCAAAUCUCCCCUGAUCUGGUCAUCGAUUCUCACGGCCAGUGGGCGCGCCGCCGCCUGCUGCUGGACGGGCGGUCGGAGAUCACCCAGCGCUACUGCAGCACGUGCAAUGUUUGGCGCCAGCCGCGCACUAGUCACUGUUCCCGAUGUGGCUUUUGUAUGGAGCGGUUCGACCACCACUGCGGCGCAGUGGGCACGUGUGUGGCGCGCAAGAACCACCGCUUCUUCACUGCUUUCCUCUUCUCCGCCUCACUGGCGUCGGGUCUUCUGCUGUAUGCGACUGUCCUGCGACUCAAGGAGGAGGACUGGGAUAAGGGUCUGAGCGAGCAGGAGGUCUAUGUCUUCUUCCUCAUGCUGCUCGCCCUUGCCUACUUCUACACCUCGCUGCUCUUCUUCUUUGCUGUCAUGCACGGCACCAUCCUUCUCUGCG